UUCCACUAAAGGGAACUGCUAAGAAAUGGAUAAGUGGAUCUUUUCUAAAUGAGCGACUGUCACGUAUUUAUUAAGUGUGUUUUGAUGUUGUCAUUCAUUCACACACCACAAUAGACCCACAGCGAGAGCAGCCGGGACUGUUUAAGGGCGUGAAGGCCGUCUAACUCCAGGCAGGUCAAACUUGUGUACAUGGCAGUGCAUGCGGCCACACCAUGAGUGGGGAGCCGGACGCCUUGGCUGUGGUCAACCAGCUACGGGAUUUAGCAGCUGACCCGCUGAACAGACGCGCUAUUGUUGAAGAUCAAGGUUGCUUACCGGGCCUGAUCUUGUUCCUCGACCAUCACAACCCACAAGUUGUCUACUCAGCAUUACUGGCGGUGCGCUAUCUGGCAGAAUGUCGUGCCAACCGGGAGAAGCUGAAGGGCGUGCUGGGCAUGAUGCUGAGCCUGCAGAAUGUCAUGCAGAAAAGCACAUCACCUGGAGAGACCAAGCUGCUGGCUUCAGAGAUCUAUGAGAUCCUUCAAAACUCCAGCGACGCUGAAGCUGAGAAGGCGGAAGCGGCCGCCUCGUGUCGCCGUAAGGCUCAGUUCUUUCUGGGCGCCACCAACAAACGAGCCAAAACUGUAGUGCUGCAGAUUGACGGCUUAGACGACACGAGUCGGAGGGGCCUGUGCGAGGAGGCUUUGCUGAAAAUCCGCGGAGUCAUCAGCUUUACCUUUCAGAUGGCCGUGAAGAGGUGCGUGGUCAGGAUCCGCUCUGACCUCAAAGCCGAGGCUCUGGGCACGGCUAUAGCAUCAACCAAAGUGAUGAAAGCCCAGCAGGUGGUCAAGGGCGAAGACGGCUCUGAGAUGGUAAUCCCACUCCAGGAGGAUUCCAACAUGGUGGUGGUGGAGCAGAACAUGGACCUGCCCGAGUACCUCCCGGAGGACGAGAGCCCGUCUUCGGAGCAGCACAAGGCGGUGUCUCGGCUGGGCUCCAUGCAGGACGGCAUGGGCUGGCUGAACACGGCCACCAACUUCCUGUCCCGCUCCUUCUACUGGUGACCCGCGCAAUAACCCCCGGCGAACACAGACACUACCCGAAUCCUCCCGAAGCUCCCCGUAGCGUCCGCGUCACAAGAGACACCGAGCCGUAGAGCGACAAAGAUGGCUUUCAGGACAAGCAUCGACUCUAGCUGCUCUCUCUCUCUCACGUUCAGCUUUUCCUUCAGCUGGAAGUUGGUUUUAAAAGACGGUUUGGUUUGGUCCAGUUUUUUUCCUCCCUCAUGGGUCCACGUCUCUGAUGCCAGACGGCAUUGUUAUUUUGGAGACCGUCGGUUCUAGUCCAGGUUACAGUAUGGUUUUGGGUCAGUUUUGUAUGUUGCAUGAAACUUGGGUGCUUUUUCUUUUCGUAUACUUACUCUUACACUUACCCUUCAUCCCAUUUGUGUAUUUUAUGCCUGCUCUCUUACAAAGUGUGCUUACAUUUCAACGCCUUCUUUUUUACAUUUAAUCAUGGUAUUUGUGAGUGCCUUUGGAAUGUAGUUUUUUGUUUCGAAGUUCAUUGGACACCUUCUAAGUCACAACCUGUGUCUUCAUUCAGAAGUGGACAAAUCACCAAUUCACUAGCUACCCAGAUCUGUUUUUGGUGCCCAAAACCCAAGCUAGAAAGAUCAAACGAACAAGAAUUUUGUCCAUAAUGACUACAAAUAUGUCCUGUUUGUUUUGCGUCAGAUGAAUUCCAGCAGAAAUUGACCAAACAGAAAUCCUGAUAAACUCCUAUGUUUUUUUAGAUGUGGCAUUGAUCCUGGAGUACAGUAGCCGUACCUUUGAUUGAACAGUGCAGUGCAGUGAAGUGUUCUGAAACUACUGGUACCUGUAUUUUAUGGCACACUAUACUUUUAUCUAACAACCAUCAUUGGCCAGGGAUUAAAGCAGAUGCUACCACUGACGAUGGACUCUUCUUGCUUCAGAGCAAUGCAUGAGGGAGAAAAUCUGGCCUACGCUAAAGUGUACAAAACCACAGCUGAUUGCUGGGAUCUUACUCGGCCAUCGUGAGGACACCAGACCCACUGCAGACUGGUUUCCAGCUCUGUUUAGCCUUGUUUUACCUUCUGCCUUUUGGUCUGUGAUCCGCGCCCAGGUUUUGGUUUAGAAAUAAUAGAUAUAAUAAUGCUGUGGAGACCUUUAUCACGUUUUCCUAUCUAUUAUGCUGACAGUUGUACACCCGGCUGUAUGGAUGUCCCAGUACGCCGCUGCAUCCCCCGAUUGUCUCGGGAGUGAGGUUGGAAUGGCCGGACACGAGCGGCGGAGGAAUACAGAAUCGAAUCGACUAGUCGAGAAUAGUGUGAUCAUGUUAAGGCUGUUACGGCUCUCUGUAGGUAUCCGCCACACUCGUUGGAGAAGGCGUGUGCCAUCAUGUAGCCCUUCUCGGCCAGUGACGGUGUCUUGCAUGUUCAUGCAGAUAUUUAAGGAAAUAGAUGCUUACCAUGAUACCCACUGUUGAUACCCACUAAUUCAAAGAGGUCCACUUGAUUUUUGACUUUGUGCUGUAUGUAAGUGGACGCAUUCAUGUUUUGUUUGUGGCUGAAACGGUUACAAAAUUAGAAGGGUGUCCCAAUACUUGUCCGUAUUCCUCUCACCGACUAAGCCAUUCAGAACGUAAAAUUCUGUACUACUUCUGGCUUGUCCAUCCAUGUCCGAGGCUGGUGAUUUGUCCACUCCUGUUCCCUAUUAUUCCUACUCGCACGUUACAUUCUUUUAAUGUCCUGCAUAUUCAUGCAGAUAUUUAAGCAAAUGGAAGAACCACCACCACCACCACCACCAGCACUGGCUGCUGUCAUUUCAUCUCAGACCUCAUGGCCACCCCUGCACCCUAUGCAUGCGGAAAAGGGGGAAACAUGACGCACUAUUGCUCCUGACGCUACGUGCCAAGCUCGGUCAUGACCACUCUAAAGCGCAUCACUGUAGAUCUGACCUGCUCUUGUAUAGUGUUUUUUUUUCCCUGCUUAGGUUUUCCUUCACAUUUUAAUACAAGUAUUAGAAAUAUAACAAGCCAUACAGAUACAAGUUUCAUUGGCGCCUUUUCUCCACUUAAAUUCACGCUCGGAUCAGCGCCUGCAUGCGAAAGUCUGCAAAAAUGACUUACACAACAGCAAAUCAACAGCAUUAGCAGUCCCACCUCUCGAGUACCUGAACAAAGAAAAGUCGACAGUGUUAUAUUUAAACGCAGCAUUUUUUUCACGUGCACAGUUGUUCCUUUUGUGCUUGGGUUAUUUUUUACUUUUAAAAAAUCAUAGUUUAGUUACGUAGUGAAGAGUUUUGCUUUUUAGAUUCACCACAAUGAACUUCCAUGCCAUCAGGAAGGCUGUUAGACUGUUUUGUGUAGACUGGAUGUUGAAGCUUCACCUGUACAGUGUACGUCUGCUGUGUGUAAAGAAUCUCACACCACUGAGACUCAUCGCCUGUUCACAUUAAUGACAUUUAUUAAAUAGAUUAAAGAAUA